CUUGUCCCCACACUCCACAUGCCACUCUCUCCAAAAAACCUCCAUAAAUACACCCCCCAAAUACUACUUCAUCACCACCCUCUACAUUCUCCAUCACAACACUUCACAACACCACAACACAACCACUUCACCCUUCUCUCUCUCUCUCUAAACAAUGGCCAUUAAGAAAUACUCCAACAAACUUCCUCAACAUGCAGUGUUGAAACAAAUCCUCAAAAGAUGUUCUAGCUUAGGUAAGAAAAACGACUAUGACGAUAAUGAAUACCCCAUUGAUGUACCAAAAGGUCAUUUCCCUGUUUACGUUGGUGAAAACCGAAGUAGAUAUAUUGUUCCUAUCUCUUUCUUAACUCACCCUGAGUUUCAGUCUCUUCUUCGUCAAGCUGAAGAAGAAUUCGGAUUUGAUCAUGAUAUGGGUCUUACCAUUCCUUGUCAAGAAGUUGUUUUUCAGUCACUAACAUCCAUGAUAAGAUGAAGAACCAAAACAAGAACAAGAACAACAACAAGAUCAAGAUGUUUGAUAUAUAUGGUUAUGAUUAUUUGGAGAAGGUUGAUGGAUCUAUAAGAUGGAUCAACAAAGAUGAAGAAAUUCUCUUUUUUUAAUCUCCAUUUUUUCAUGGCCAUUUGGGUAUUGGGUGGGUUCUCAUUCUUUCUUUUUUUUUUUUAUUUUUUUUUUGGGAGUGAUGUUUCAACAACCUAUUUUUAUUUUUGGUGGUGAUGUUGUUAUUAUUAUGUAACACUGACUUUUUACCUGUGAUUAUUUCAUGGGUUGAAAAAAUUGUAAAAAGGUUUCUUCCUUGCAGAGGUUCUGUGUAAUGGGUACCCUGUGAGAGAUGUUUGUUAAAUGUGAAUCAAGGCAAUUAAGGUUCUGUUCUUGUGUUUCUGUUA